CACUCGCAGCUUGUGACUCUACUCUCAGUGCCGCACGAGAUCCUUCUGUUCCGGCACAAGGUAUUCAAGGAGUACGUUAAAAUUGCCGUCGGUCCAGACUUCAUACACACUCUGCCCUCCUUCAUCGUCCUAUCCGCGAUGAUAAUCGUGCUUUGGAGAAGCCCGCCGAAGAUUCAAUGCGUUUCCGUAGUUGUAAGCAGGGCGACUGUCUUCCGAGCGCUUCAGGUACUCACCAGCUGGGCCCUGGUCAACGGCGUUCUAUGGCUCUGGCUCAUCUUCCAAAGGAUUUUAUACUGCUUCGUAUGGUCCUACUGGAGUUACGUUAGUACCUCGUCCCGUCCAAACCUCAAAACCUAUAAGACGGCACCGCCUUUCAUCAAUCCUCCCCAUGCUUCCGAAACAGGACUCCGAGUAUCAGGCCACCCUGGUUCCUUGGUGGCAGCGCGUUUGGUCCUCGUACUAUCCACCACCCCAUCAACCACCGGUAUUUUCCGCCGGAUUCAUCAGCUGGAUACUCUCGAUGAUUGCGGCCAUCGGUGUGCUUGGAUUUGUCACGUCUCCUCAGACGAUGCAGAAUAUUUUUUCAGAGCUGCUUCUCGCGGCUCGUGACCUGCCGUUCAUCGUUAGACACGGUUUCACCUGGUCAACGAACAGGGUUAGAGAGGCGAUGUCAUGCGACAGAGGGACCGCCGUUGAGGACAGUGAAAUCAGCUCUGUCUGCGACGAUUGUCGAUCGGAUUUGUCGGCCGACGUUACUCGGGGGGCUUCGAGUCGCCGUGAUGUUCGUCCCGUUUCUUAUGGAACCAACUGGACUCCCAGACCCACGUAUUCCGGGCACAAAGAGUCGCAGCGAAAGUACCAAGAGAAGACAAUCCGCACAUCUGCAGUAACGGUUGCCGGUGGUACGAUCCGUCACGAUGACGAGAAAUUGUCGCCGAGACAACUGCGGCAUCGACGAGGCUGUCACACAGUAGUUCCGAGCAAUUCCAGCGACAAGUCAAGCGGGUGCUGAAGGGAACUUUGUGCUUUGGUAUUAUCGCGUAGCAACGUCAUUCCACGAAGAUGGAAAUUUAGACAGACUGAAAUUUCGCCUUGGUACGACGCGACUUGGUGUAUGUGACUAUUUUGUACAUAUAAUUUAUUUUGGAAUUAUACUGCGGACCUGAUGGCCCACUUCUACCUUUCUCGUAAUUCGUCACUUGUCGCGGAGGUCAUCCGAUGGACCGUUUCAUCUUUCUUUCGACGCAACGAAGUACGAGAUGCUUCGGCUUUCUCCGGUGAUCGCGUACCUACGGGAUCCUGUCGAUUCCGCGAAAGCACGUCAACUUUUAUGCAACGGUUGCUAAGAUCCUUGCAUCGAUUACAUGGCACCUAA